GGGAUCACGCGACAAGUCGGCAGCAGGUCGGCAGAUACGGCGUGUCCCUUUGGUGGGGAGUCGGGGGCAGUGACACUACAGUUGCGCCGAUCAUUUAGAAACCUCCCGUCUUCUCCUUGGACUAGCGUUUCGUCGGCAGCUUCCAGAAAGCUGGCCCAGUUUCUUGGCCCCCUGCGAAUCCGCAGGGCUGCGCGCUCAAGGCUGAAUCGGCGCUUGCUCAAAAGUUGAUCCGACAGUUGGUCCAGGUGUCUUCGGUCAGCAGCUUCGUAUUCAUCGCAUUGGUACGCUUACGCUUCGGGUGAUACAGGCCUCGGAAGAAGUCAGCGCAUGCCACAUUCGUCUGUCAAUGCCCCCCCUAUGAUCAAUGUUGGCGGUGGGUUGAAUGAGCUGCACUUCGACCACGGUCUCCCCCGCGCGUGCCAGCUUUGAGAUUGGGGCAGCAGGGAAGUGUCCACUACUUGUUUCCCCCGACCGUAAGUCGGUUGUGUGGAAGGGGCGGCAUGGGCGCACGCACACCACCUCGCCUCGGUCCUGCAGGCCCGAGGUGCCUGGGGCAGAGGGGGAUGGGGAGGGGCGGAUCCUCGCGCGCCGAGCGCCCCUCGGGGUCGGCGGGCUACUGCAGCGGCCACGGCUCCUGCGCUGCCUGCCGAAGCGCCCCCGGGUGCUUCUGGUGCAACCAGAUCGGGAUGACGCCCUACAGCACAGGCCUGUGCCUUCCCGCUGGGACGCCCGCCAGCUGCACGUGGAUGGCUCCCAACUGCGGCUCGGGCUGGCCAUGGUGGUGGUGGUGGAUCCGGUGGCCCAUUCGCAUCUGGGUCAGGGCGGACCACUUGGUGGCCUUCACGGGAGACGAAUUAGUGAAGAAUGCUUUCGUGCGCUCCGCGAGCCGGAUGUCCCAGAUGGUUGCCCUCCCGGCCAGCGCCGACGUAAGCGUCGAGUUGGUUCAUGUUGAGAAGGGAGCUCGUCACGUGGGCGCCUCGGCCGAAAGUCUGCACCGCACGCUGGCGCUGCUGAAGGAGGAGCCCGUGACGGAUGAUAUGGACGAGGUUGAGGUGACCUACUCGGUGCGCGUCCCGGGUGACGAGAGCGGCUUCGGGCAGGAGCAGGCCGACUCUCUCGUGGCCGAGUUGCAGAAGGUCUCCCCGGAGGAGUAUACGAGGACUUUUCUGGAGGAGCUCGAGCAGCUCGCCACUGGGCACUCGGCGCCCUUCGGCGUGGAGACGGUGACCGGCUUCUCCACGACCGCAUCCGUGACCACCGCGACGGCGUCGCCGACGGCGUCCCCCACGCCGAGUCCGACGCCGAGUCCGUCGCCGAGUCCGACGAGGAGCCCGACAGUGAACCAGGACUUCUUCACGUAUGCCGGCGUGACCGUCUACACCCGGCUCGCAGUCGGUGCUGACCCUGACGGGGAGCGCCCGUGGAUGAUGGUGCUGCAGGGCGAUGCUUCGGACAAGGAGCUGAAGCAGAUUAGCCAAGAGUUCUCGAACGGGGUGCAGACCUAUCCAGAUAUGGGCCAGGUGCCGUUCGUGUUUGGCAGUUUGACAGAAGAUGGUCUGAGGGCGCUGCUGGACAAGUACCCAGGCCGUGUAAAGUCUGUCCAAGAGGACCAGUUCAUGAAGAUGGUCGACGACCCCGAGCUCACCAAUGGAAAAGACAGACAAUCGGACCGGCGGACAUACCCAUGGGGCAUCCAGUACGUCCAAGCGGACGUGGUCCGGGGGCGGGGCGUAGGGGUGCAUGCGUACGUGCUGGACACUGGCAUUCGCAUUACCCACAACGAGUUCGGCGGCCGGGCCUUCGCUGGAGUGGACCUGACAACCCCAGAAACGUAUCCCGGCACCCUCACAGUGUGUUCGCCCACCAGCACAACAUGUGCCAACGACGUACAUGGGCACGGCAGCCAUUGCUCAGGCACCGUGGGGUCCUCAUCAUAUGGUGUCGCGGAUGGCGCGAGCAUCUGGUCCAUGAAGGUCCUGAACAAUGCUGGCUCCGGCUGGACAACAUGGAUGGUUAUGGCCGAGCAAUGGAUUCUGUCGUCUGGGAACAGGCCAGCAGUGGUCAGCGCAAGUAUCCAAGUCGGGCCCAACUGGAAUGAUGCGCCGUGGCAGGCUUCGACCGACGCCCUUGUAGCCGAUGGCGUGGUCGUUGUGGUGGCUGCAGGGAACUCAAACCAAGACGCGUGCACCUGGACUCCAGCUUUUAUUCCCAACGCGAUCACUGUAGCAGCGUUUGGAGGGACUUCGGGCAGCUCGUGGGACAGGUCUGGGUACAGCAACUGGGGCUCAUGCAUUGAUGUAUAUGCUCCGGGCACGAACAUCCUGUCAGUGGGCCCAUCCAGUGACACCCACACCUACUACAACACAGGCACGUCCAUGGCCUGUCCACACGUUUCCGGGCUAGCGGCCAGAAUGUUCGAGGCUUACCCUACGGCGGGGUCCAUGACCGCCGCACAGAGGUGGGAUCUCCUGAUGGCCAAUAACUGCACUGGGUGUGUGACCAAUGACGCGACCCCCACUCCUACUGUCAACCUGGUGCCCUACGCCAUCCCAGCGAACCCGUGCUCUGUCACCGACGGAUCGGGGCCGAGCGCGAGCUACCCGUGCGACUGCGGCACCAACAUAUGUUCGGCCAGCGAGGUUUGCACCAGCAGCACAAAUACCUGCGCUGGCGCACCCCCGACGAUUGCUCCUACAGCAACCCCAACUCCCUCGCCGACUUCAUCGCCUUCAGGUGCGCCCACGCCAUUGCCUACGUCCUCGCCGACGCCCUCGCCAUCUCCCUCGCCAACGCCCUCGCCCACGCCGUCGCCCUCGGCCGGACCAACGCCUUUGCCCACGCCCUCGCCAACGCCCUCGCCUACGUCCUCGCCGACGCCAUUGCCCACGCCCUCGCCGACGCCCUUGCCUACGGCGUCGCCCUCGCCCUCGCCUACGCCCUCGCCGACGCCCUCGCCCACGCCCUCGCCCUCGCCCUCGCCUACGCCGUCGCCCACAGGUGCGCCUACGCCAGUGCCUACGCCCUCGCCCACGGCCUCGCCGACGCCCUCGCCGACGCUCUCGCCCACGCCGUCCCCUUCCCCCGGGCCCACGCCCUCGCCCACGCCCUCGCCGACGUCCUCGCCAACGCCCUCGCCCUCGCCCUCGCCAACGCCGUCGCUAACAGGUGCGCCUACGUCAGUGCCCUCGCCCUCGCCGACGCCCUCGCCGACGCCCUCGCCGACGCCCUCGCCGACGCCAUCGCCGACGCCGACGGCCAACUUUUGCGCAGGCGUGACCAGCACCUCCUGCUCCGACUGCGCGGCGGCACCUGGGUGCUUCUGGUGCAACCAGCUCGGGAUGACUCCUUACAGCAUCGGCAUGUGCAUUCCCGCUGGGAUGCCCGCCAGCUGCACCCCGAUGAAUCCGCCCUGCGGAUACGCGGGGCCUCCAUGGUGGUGGGUCAUCGCGGGCAGGUACAAUUUAGGGUCUGGAGGGACUACGUGGAUAGGUUCAUCGGACACAGCAUGGUGCGAACGGCUCUCGAGGGCUCCAUCCGCGAGAGAGCUGGGUUGAAUGCGCCGCUGCCGGCUGGCUCGGGUACUGUCGAGCCCGUAAUAGUUAUCGAGCUCACUAAGAUCGGUGGUCGGCGGGCUGGACAUGAAGCUGGGUUGGGAGGUGGCCACAGCCUGCUGUCGGCUGACCAGACCGAGGUCGAGGUGAGUUAUUCCGUGUCCGUUCAGUCUGAUGUGGAUGGCGGCGAGCAAACAGCUGACUCGAUCAGGGAUGUGAUGGCGCAGGUCCGGGCGGAGGACUUCACAAGCAGCUUCGUGUCGCAGCUCGAGCAGACCGAGCCCGGGGCCGCGGCGACCGCCGGCGUGCAAGCGGUUGCCAGCUCCGCCUCGGCCCCCGCGGUGACCGUUUCGGCGGCGUCUGCGAUUCCGACGCCGAGCCCGACGCCGAGCCCGCCGAGCCCGCCGAGCCCGAGUCCGACCCCGAGUCCCACCUGGGCCCCUGCUCCCGUGUCUGCGAAGGGAGACCCUCACUUGGUCAACAUGUUCGGCCAGCGGUUCGACCUCAUGCAGCCCGGGGUGCACUCGCUGGUCCACAUUCCCAAGCACUCCCAGGCGCUGCGCACCCUGCUCGACAUCAAGGCGGAUGUCCGCAGGAUCGGGCAGGUGUGCUCAGACAUGUACGUCCAGGCGAUCAACGUGACAGGUGCGUGG